CACAAACCUUGAACUCAUUGCAGGCAUAGCAUAGGUCUAUUGAGGGCAUAAGCUAAAUACUUUAACCGGGAUCAUGGUCAGAAAAUACAUCGUUCUUGUUGGUCUCUUACUUUGUUGCUUUUCUGGGAUUUACAGCAAAGACAUUUUAAAUGGAUUUACAUCAAAACUUUCCAAGUACUCAAUAGUAAAUCCCCAGGUGAUUCACAGAUGGACAAGGAGUGUCAACAGACCACCACAGUCAAAGGAGGACUUUGGAGAGGACACAAUAUCAUAUGUGCUCAACAUAAACAACAGAAAGCACCUCCUUCAUCUAAAACGUAACAGAGACUUUUUACACCCAAACUUUGUUAAGUAUUUACUUGACGCAACUGGUAACCACAACUCAUCAUAUCCUAAACUACAUGUGCAUUGCUAUUACCAUGGAGAGGUAGAGGGAUAUGAGAAUUCAGUGGUGGCGCUCAGCACAUGCUCUGGUCUCAGGGGUGUGAUCAUCUUUGGAAAUGAGAGUUACGGUCUUGAGCCUUUGCCACAGUCUGCCACCAGUGAGCACCUUCUGUACCUACUGAAGGACGUCCAGACUGAGCCUGUCGUCUGUGGGGUCGUCAGUGAGGCUGCAUCAACACAAAGCCAUGAACCCUUUGAACCUGGCCAAUCGCUGACUUCACUGCUGCGGAGGAAGCGCAAUUUACCACAGACCAGUUAUGUGGAGUUGGUGCUGGUUGUCGAUAAUCUCAGGUAUAACUUUAAGAAAAGAAAUGAGACUGCAGUACGAGAUGAGAUGGUGGAAAUGGCUAAUCUACUGGAUGGGUAUUACAAACAACUGAAUAUCCGUGUCGUGCUAGUGGGCCUGGAGAUUUUUAAGGACAGUAAUCCUUUUGAUGUGGAUGGCUCUGCAGGAGAUGUGUUGGGGAGGUUUGUUAAGUGGAGGAAGGAGACUCUUGUACCAAAGAUCAAGCAUGACGUUGGUCAACUUAUUGUUGGUCGACCCAGUGCAUAUGGAGGUGUGUUAGGCAUGGCCUUCGUGGGCACUGUCUGCUCUGUAGCGACCUCUGGAGGAAUCAACGUGUUCAGCGAUAACAACCUGCCAUAUGUCUCCACUGUUGUGGCGCAUGAGAUGGGGCAUAACCUGGGCAUGAGUCAUGACAGUGACCGAUGCAGCUGUAAUGGAGGAAGCUGCAUCAUGGCAGCCAGUGCUAGUGGUUCCACCACUUUCAGCCGCUGCAGUGGAGAAGACUUCGAGACGCUGAUCCUUCGAGGAGGAGGUGUGUGUCUGAGAAACCAGCCCUCCCCAUCAGAUGUGGUUGGUACUGCUGAAUGUGGCAAUGGUCGCUUGGACAAAGGAGAGCAGUGUGACUGUGGCAAACCAGAGGAAUGCAAUAAUAAUUGCUGCGAUGCUGCCACCUGCAGAUUUACACGUGGGGCCGCCUGUGCUCAGGGGAGCUGCUGUGACGACUGUCAGAUCAGAGUUUCUGGAACGCCAUGCAGAGAGUCUGUCAACACCUGUGAUCUUCCUGAAUACUGUGAUGGCAAGAGUGAGUUCUGUCCCAGGGACUUCUACAUCAUGGACGGCCUCCCUUGUCAAAACAAUGCUGCAUAUUGCUAUGACGGCAGAUGCCAGACGUAUGAUUUCCAGUGCAAACAUCUCUUUGCACCAGAUCCUGCAACAAAGGCAGCAGAUAUUUGUUUUCAAUAUGCAAAUACUAAGGGAAACUUAUUUGGAAACUGUGGCAUCACCAGCAAUGGACAAUACAUCAAAUGUCCUGUAGCAGACGCCAUGUGUGGAAAGGUGCAGUGUACCAACGUGGAUGUCAACACCCCCCCUCCUGGUGCCCAUGUCAGUAUCCAAAUUGUUGAAGGGUCAACUUGUGUUAAUGCAGACUUCAACCUUGGCACAGAUGUGCGAGAUCCUGCCUAUGUUAACCCUGGCAGCCCUUGUGAUAAAGGAAAGACCUGCCUGGACUUUAAGUGUGUAAACGCUUCUGUUCUGUUGCCCAACUUGGACUGUCAUGCUGAGACCACCUGCAACGGCCGAGGGGUGUGUAAUGACCAAGGACACUGUCACUGUCAAAACGGGUGGGCUCCACCCAACUGUAACACCGCAGGGCGAGGUGGCAGCAUAGACAGUGGUCCAGCUCAGAUAGACUACUCCCUCAGGAACGGCCUGUUGAUCUUCUUCCUGUUGGUGGUUCCUCUUCUGGUCCUUCUCAUUCUGGUGCUGCUCUACAUCUUCAGGAGAGAUUCCCUGGACCCCUGCCUGAAAAGAAGUCGCAAGUCACGUAAUGCUCAAAAUGGAAAUUCAAAUGGACAGCCAAACAGAAAUGUUCAGACAAGUGCCACAACCCAGCCCCCAGAGCGGCCUGGAAAUCCACCAGCUACCUCAUCUCAAAUUCCUGGUUUCAGGUUUGGAGAACUGGAUUAUUGGAAUACAGAACCAACAACUGCACCAGCACGGCCACCACCUCCUAAGCAGGGUCCCGGAGUGCCCAAACCAAUCCCGCCCAAACAGCUGCCGAACUGAUUCUCUUUUUAUGCAAAAUCUUUUCAAUAGUAUUGUGAAUGAAUGGACACUCGCUGUAUGAAGAGACAAUUUUAAAACACUGUGAUGAUAAUAGAAUCACUGUAACUUUUUGCCAGCACCUUUAUAAGGUCGACUGUAGUAACGUGGUGGUAGAUGAGGCAGGUAAAUGUGUAAAUAUUUAAAGGUAUAUAUCUGUUUUAUUAGAUUCCUGUUAAUUACUCAGUGCAAAUAUGUGAACAUAAAAUGUAUAAAAAAAACUUUUGUAUUUUUAAUUUGUAUUGUGUUUUUGUUUCCCCUAAAAAGAGUAUUUUAAGGAUUUUGUGUUUGUUGAUUUCAUGGAUGUUGAUUGUAAUUAAAAACAAAUUUAUCAGUAAGUUUUAUUUAAAGCUUUUUUAAUGUAAGAGUUUCUUGGAACUGUACUGUAGGCUGUAACACUAGUUUAUUUUAUUCUUUAAUGUAUUGGUAACAGAGGAGAAGCAUAAAUGGAAUUAUGUAGGUAUCAGAAAUAAGCAUGGAGUAAAAAAAAUUUUUUGGC